CAUUCAACCACUAAUACUGAAAGUGAUCGUUUUUACUACAUAACUUGGAAGAUGGAAAAAGUGACCUGCAUUAGACAUAACAUAUAGAGACAGUUCUGUGAAGGGAACUCUGCUUGCGAAUUUUGAUGGAAGGCAAUACAAAAACUGAAGGGGAAAAGGUAGAAGUUUAACGUAUAGUGACCGCGCAAAAACCGUAUGGACUACUCUUAGAGACUUCCUGUUCAUAUUUGUACCUACUUAAAAUCAACAGAGAUCCAAAAAGAUCCCUAUUCGGACAAACAUCUCAUCAGUCGGUGAGUUGCCUUCACCUUAGAAAGUGGAUUAGUGGAUUAUCUCGCCUUCCGUGUUACAAAACGAAGGCGUUAACAGUCACUUCAUGAUGUGCUAUAAACAGCGAUGGAAAAUAACUACCCCCAAAUACUGCAAGUUUUUUUUUCUUUUGGAAAACUGAACCACUAAACCAGAGGGAAACAGAACACGAAAACUGGAAUUAUUGACUUUGUUUCAGGUACCGAAAACGGAAGUUGCUUUGACAUAUUUAACUCUGCACUGAUGAUGGAUUAUUUCCGUUGACGUUUUCGUAAUGGUACGCGUGUUCUAGUUAUUGUGGAUGGAUUUAAUUAUUAGUGAGCCCGAAAAUAUUUUUAUUAUUAUUAUUUAAAUAAUACAAGAAUGUACAAAUGAAUCCGAGAGAAUGCGCUGUGCACGGCUGUUAAAAGACACUCAUUUCCGUUGAGGUAUAACAUAUUGCUUUCUCCAAACACUCAAAAGGGCAAUAAAUUGAAAUGCAAGAAAACACAAACACCCUCCAACAUCUCCUACAUUUAUUAAGUAGUCGAGUCUCUAACUCGAAUCCUCUAACUUGUAGAGUAAGGCAAAUCUGUUUACAUUCAUCAUGAAAAUGUGUACUCUUAAGACAUUUGAAGCAUAAUUUCUCAAAGAAAUAUGAACACUUCUUUCUGGCUACAUAAACACGGCCAUAUACACUCGAGGAAGAAGUCUAAAAUGGAAAAAUAUCUGCUGCCCUACAUGUGUGUACAAGUUUGACUUAUAACAUCUUUGUGGAGGCUGUGGAGGAGCUUUCUAGACAGAAAAAGAAAAAAGAAAGAAAUCCACAUCUGUUUCUUGGAUCAUGGCUAUGGAGUGCCUACAGAGGUUGGUGGCUCUGCUCUGCCUCUUGGCUGCACAACUGGCUUUCUAUGGAAUUUCAUCUGCCUCAGUCAGGAAUGUGUCUUUGAAUGAGGGGACAGAACAAAUUGAACGUAAAAUAGGCAACAUAACCAUGUCCGCACACCUUCACCCCAAAUUAUACUUUGAUCAGACACAGCUGCAUUUGAUGAAAAAGAGGGCCAUCACCACACACAGACACAUUUUUAAAGUUAUCCGAAAUGCUGUUUCUACCAUGUUGUCCAAUGCUGCCAUUUACCAGCCACCAGUAAACCAUGAGGACUUUGGUAAGAAAUGGAAUGAGAUUUACGGCAACAACUUGCCCCCUCUUGCACUAUACUGUUUGCUUCAGCCUGAGGAUGCUGCUGCCUCUCAGUUUUUGAUUGAGUACAUGGACCGAAUGGUGGAGUAUCCGGACUGGAUGGUGUCUAGUGCCCCAAAUGAUGAGGUACCGAUGGCUCACUCCCUCACUGGGUUUGCCACAGCAUAUGAUUUCAUUUACACAUUUCUUGACACACAGAGACAAUUACGAUAUCUCAAGAAAAUACGGUCAGUUACAGAGGAGAUUUUUGAGCUGUCCAAGCACAGAGGGUGGGGAAAGCAGUUUUUACAGAACCACCAGACAACUAAUAUAUUAGCCAUCCUCAUUGGAGCUCUUGUGGCAGGGGAGCAUAAUGACCCUGAAACCAUGAUAUGGAAGCAAGUAGCUGUAAACUACAUGGAAAAGACCAUGUUCCUCCUCAACCACAUUGUUGAUGGCUCCCUUGAUGAAGGUGUUGCAUAUGGCAGCUACACAGCAAAAUCCAUUACUCAAUAUGUUUACUUAGCAUUGCGGCAUUUUCAGAUAGACAACACACACAUCAACUGGCUGAGAGCUCACUUCAUGUUUUACUAUGCUACUUUGCUUCCUGGAUUUCAAAGAACUGUCGGCAUUGCAGACUCUAACUACAACUGGUUCUAUGGGCCAGAGAGUCAACUUGUUUUUUUGGAUGCCUAUGUGCUCCGAAAUGGCUCUGGGAACUGGUUGGCACAGCAGAUUAGGAGACAUCGUCCUAAAGAUGGACCCAUGAUGCAAUCAGCAGCCCAGCGCUGGGCUACUUUACAUACAGAGUACAUAUGGUAUGAUUCUGAGUUACUUGCACAGCCUCCACCUGACUUCAACAAAGCAAACAUGCACAUUUUCUCCAACUGGGGUGUGGUGACAUAUGGGGCAGGGUUACCUCGAGCACAAGGAAACACAUUUGUCUCCUUUAAAUCAGGAAAAUUAGGAGGGCGAGCUGUGUAUGAUAUUGUCCAUGCUCAGCCUUACUCGUGGGUGGAAGGCUGGGCAAACUUUAACCCAGGCCACGAGCAUCCUGAUCAGAACUCCUUCACAUUUGCUCCAAAUGGACAGGUUUUUGUCGCUGACGCCUUGUAUGGUCCUAAAUACAGCUAUCUUAACAAUGUACUAGUGUUUGCCCCCUCUCCCAACAGCCAGUGUAAUCAACCAUGGGAGGGGCAGUUGGGGGAAUGUUCCAAGUGGCUGCGAUGGGGAGAAAAGGAAGUUGGAGGCACUGCCGGGGAGGUCAUUGAUGCCUCAUUUCAUGAGGACAUGUUGUUUGUGAGUGGAGAGUCUGUGUCAGCCUAUUCAUCUGCCAUGAAGCUAAAGAGUGUGUAUCGGGCCCUGGUGCUUCUUAACUCUCAAACGUUACUGGUGUUAGACCAUGUCGAGAAACAAGCACACUCCCCUCUCAAUUCUUUCAGUGCAUUUUUUCACAAUCUUGACAUCGACUUCAGGUAUGUUCCUCACAGAUCUUUUGAAAAGUACAAUGGAGUGUUGAUGGAUGUGUGGGAUGCCCAUUACAAAAUGUUUUGGUUCAACACGCAAGGAUCAAGCCCAGAUGCCAGUAUACAAGAGGCAGAGCAGACAGCAGAAUUCAAGAAGAGAUGGACGCAGUUCAUAAACGUGACCUUUCCCAUGGAGAGCCCUGUCACCAGAGUGGCUUACCUGAUGCAUGGCCCAUAUGUCAAGGUUUCAGACUGUAGAUUCACUGACGACAGUAAAAAUGGAGUAAGGCUAUCAUUGAUCUUAAAUGACACAGAGACAAUUGUGUCAGUCGCAACAAACUAUAAGGAUAUUGAGGCUAGAUACAGCUACUUGGGCUUUGCAGGCUUUGCUAAAGCAGAGGACAAACACAGAAUAGUCCAGUUUGGCCAGGGUAUUCAAACUUUGCCAGGUCAAGUCACAAAAGAUUUAGUAUUUGACUUUGGAUUGCUGGUUAAUAUCUCAGCAAUACUAACUCUAUGUUCUGCCUUGGCUUUCAUGAUAAGAAAAAGAAAGCUUCAUGUGUCUUUCAAUAUGCUCAUCCAUUGCACUCUGAUCUGUGUGCUGUUCUUAUGGGUAACUGAACUUUUGUCAAUAUUGUAUGGUUGCAAACAGCUCCUGUGUGAUGUUAAACAGAGAGACCACAGCGUAGAUGAUGACACUAUUGUCUCUGGGGAGAGCCUGACCAUACUCCCUGUCAUCACCAUCACAUCCAUUCCAGGCUCAGGCGCUGAGAUCCUUCAGCCCCUUUUUGAUAACAGCUCUGACUUUGUCUACCUCAGAAUCCCUUCCACUUACCUGCGAUUCCCUGUGUCCCCAUUAGUCUCUCUGGUGGACUCUUGCGAGUGGUCCAGAGCAGAUGCAAAGAGUGGACGAUUUGGCAUCAUUCAAGGAUGGUUCCAUUCUAUAGUCCACAAUGUGAAGCUGCACCUGCAGAACAUUGAGUUGCACAAAAGCAGUGAUGAGUCAAGGAAUAAAAUCAGAGAAAAAAGUGAGCGGAGAAAAAGAAGGAUGCUGCUUUCAGAGCAAACAAGAACUGGUGGCAGCAGGGUUGCCCACUUAGGAUACAUACAGGAGCUGAGGCAGCACCUGGUCAAGUACCCAAAUGCCCGACCGGUGAUGAGCAUGGGCAGUGGCGGAUGGUUUUUAAAGCUGCCGUUUCUUCAAGAGGUCAUUGGUCGCUCUCUUCGCUCAGUUCAUGUUGUCAGAGACCCACGUGCAUGGAUUUAUCUAAUGCUAUACAGCAGCAAGCCAAGCCUGUACUUGCGUAAGAAUAUUAAAAGGCAAAUAGGCAACAUUUUCAAAAAGAACAGUGAUGGUGUGGACCAAGGGUGUGCUGCAGUGGACCCAGAGUUUCUUUCUUUAAAAAAUAUCCUCUCUCAGCCAGAUCCAAAUCCUUUGCAGCUGCUUGCACAGUUAUGGCUUGCACACAAUUCUGCUGGAGUCAGAGUGAGCAAAAGUCUCCCUACACACACUUACCUUAUAGUCAAAUUUGAGGAUAUUGUUUAUUUUCCUAAAGAGACAGCAGAAAGGAUACACAACUUUCUUGGGAUACCUCUUUCACCAGCUGCCUUAAACCAACUGGUAUUUGCUACAUCUACUAAUCUGUAUAAUCUAAUAUAUGAAGGAGAUAUAUCGCCAGCCAAAAUCAAUAUGUGGGAAGAGAAUAUGGUUUCUGAUGAGAUUAAAGACAUUGAGGAUACAUGUUGGCCUGCUAUGGAGAAGCUGGGUUAUAAAAGACAUACAGGUAGUCACUCUUUUUUGUAAAUCAAUGUCAGCGUUUUUAUUCAUUUCUCAUAAUGUGCCUAUAGAUUGUAAUAUGUAUUAGUCUGUCUUUGCUAACAAUUCACAAGAAAAGAUUCACCAUAAGAUUUACAAAGAUUAGACCAAUUAUGCUUUGAUUCCAGUAAAUUAAUCAUAUAAUAUAUAAUGUUUACAUUUUAAAAUGUCAUAGACAAAACUAUGAGUCAAGAAUUUAGUAAAUGUGCUAAAGAACAAGGAGUGGUCACUCCCUGUUGACAUUAAGAAACAUCUGCAAAUCCUGGACCUUAAAAGCCUAUGUUCUGACUGGAGGACAAAAUUAUGAAGUAUUUCCCACCAGAUGGGCUGCCAUCAGCUUUUUUCAGUUCUGUUAUGAGACGUUUUGUUAUUGAUUGUAUUAUGGUAUUGUGAUUGCACACUAGAAUGUGCUAAAUAGUUAUUUAUCCACCAAGAGGUCGUAUUAUUUGCAAUUUAAAGAGUAAUGUGAAAAUAACCAAACACCCCUCAAAAAUAAUUCAAAGAUAGAUGAUCAGGAAAAUAGCUCAGUUGUGUCCAGUUUUAGUGAAACUCUGUUUCACCUGCACUUCUAAGCAAAUUACUAUGACCAAUAAUGUGAGGUGGAAUAGUUCAUGUGUAAAAAUGUGCUAGAUGUACAUUAUGUGAUUGUAUCAAAGCACUUAUAGGGAUAGUUCACCAAAAAAAUUACAAUUCUCUCAUCAUUUACAUUUCAUCCCAACAAUUUGAAGCACCAAAAAGCACAUAGAGGCAGCAUAAAAGUAAUCCAUAAAAUUUCAGUUAUUACAUCUAUGUCUUCAGAAGUAAUAUGAUAAAUUGUUUUAUUAUAAAUUCUCCUCCUGGCCCAUUAGGUGGCGAUAUGCAUUAGGUGGCGAUAUGCAUGAAGAAUGCGAAUCACCACGGGCAGGACCUGGGUAGCUCCAGCCAGGUUUCCAAAACAACCAAAUUGGCCUGGUUGCUAGGGAGGGUAGGAUCACAUGGAGUAAUCUCCUCAUGGUCGCUAAAAUGUGGUUUGCUCUCGGUGGGGCGCGUGGUGAGUUGUGUGUUAAUGUUGCGGAGAGUAGCGUGAAGCUUCCACAUGCACUAUGUCUCCGUGGAAAUGCGCUCAACAAGCCACGUGAUAAGAUGUGAGGAUUGACGUCUCAGACAUGGAGGCAACUGAGAUUCGUUCUCUGCCACCCAGAUUGAGGCGAGUCACUACGCCACAACGAGGAAUUUCCAAUUCCAAAUUGGGGAGAAAAAAAAAGAAUGCAAAUCACCAAAAACAAAAGAUCAAUGUGAAAGUGGAGAUUGGUAGUAAAAAAAUAUUUAAAUAUUGACUGUUUAUCACCCACACCUAUUAUAUCACUUCUAAAGAUAUGGAUUAAACCACUGGAGUAAUAUGGAUUACUUUUAUGCUGCCUUUAUGUGGUUUUGGAGCUUCAAAUUGUUGGUACCCAUUCACUUGCAUUGUAAGGACCUACAGAGCUGAGAGAUUCUUCUAAAAAUCUUUGUUUGUGUUCAGCAGAAGACAGAAAGUCAAACACAUCUGGGAUGGCACGAGGGUGUGUUAACGAUGAGAGAAUUUUCAUUUUUUGGGUAAACUAUUCCUUUCAGUGACUGAAAGUAAAAUAAUUUGUCUUGUGUUUUUUUUAUGUGGAUGAUUUGUUUUUCUCUUGUUUCUUUUUUUGGAUAACUAAAUGUAUCUUUAUGUAAAAUAUAUGACAAGCAUUGACUAUAUUUUACUUGUCUUAAAUUGUAUCCUUUUUCUCAUGUAAUCAUACAUGGAACAUUUCACAACCCAAAUAAGUAAAAUCACAAAACAUCACAUUUCUCAUCUUAAUGGGGAACUAUAUUAAUGCAGACUGAAUAGACUACUAAUGUGAAAUGUUUUCGAAGCCACAACGCAAAUGGAUUUUCCAUGGCACCACAUGAAUAUGGAGUGUAAUCAUCACUGUGGGAUAACUGAAAUGAAAGAAAAUAAAAGACAAUUUAUGUAAUAUUAAUGCAUUUGCAAAGGCUGCUUUGUGUGUGUGUGUGAAGUUAUUUUCAGAGUUUUGGACUAAACUCAACCAAUUCUUCAAAGAAUAGAAAAUCUACGUGGAGAAUA